AUGGCUGCUUCGGACACCAAAGCUGAGGAAGGCGUCAAGCCCACCGUCGAACACAACGACACCGGUGUCUGGGGCACGCAGGCGGAGCUCAUUGAGGCCGCCCACGCCGCCUCGGAUGAAGAGGCGACACUCCCUCGUAAGGAGCUCUUCUCCCGCUACCUCCCGGCCACGAUUUUCAGCGCGCUGCUCAGUCUCGCGCUCGUUAUGGAGGGUAUGGAUGUCGGUCUGAUCAACAACUUCUUCGCGCACAAGGCCUAUCUGGAUAAAUUUGGUUGGCCAGAUGCCAAUGGCAAACAACAUGUCUCCACCUCCUGGCAGGCGGCUAUUGGAAACGGCAACAAUCUUGGAAGCAUCAUUGGUCUGCUUCUAAAUGGGUAUCUGCAAUCACGCUUUGGAUCACGUCGAGUGUACAUGGCCGCCAUGGUCCUGAUGACAUGCACAAUCUUCUGCUUGUUCUUUGCCGUCAACGUCCAGAUGCUGUUUGCCGCCAAUAUCCUGUGUGGCAUUCCCUGGGGUAUCUUUCAAACUCUGACUACGGCAUACGCCGCCGAGAUCUCCCCGGCUGCUAUGCGUGGAUACCUCACCGCAUGGGUUUCCAUGUGCUGGGGCUGCGGCUCCUUCUUGGCCGCCGGUGUGCUUCGUGGUUCGCUCAAUCUCCCAGGUGACGCUGGAUGGAAGGUCCCAUAUGCGCUGCAGUGGAUCUGGGUUGUGCCUCUCUUCACAGUUGCGUUCUUCGCCCCUGAGUCGCCCUGGUAUCUCGUCCGCCGCGGCAAGUAUGAAGAGGCGGAAAAGUCUCUUCGCCGCCUCGCGCGCAAGGGACACUACACAGAGCAGACCAUGGCCCAGACACUGGCGCUCAUGAAGCACACGAACGAGAUGGAGAAGAUCAAUGCAGAGAACUCAAGCUACGCAGACUGCUUCCGUGGUACCAAUCUUCGUCGUACUGGAAUCGUGUGCAUGGCUUGGAUUAUCCAGAUCCUCAACGGUCAAUCUAUUGCUGCCUAUGCUGCCAUCUUCCUACAGUCGGCCGGCAUGCCCCAGGUUCAAUCGUUCAACUUCAACAUGGCCAUUCAGUCCGUCAAUAUCGUUGGCACAGCCAUCGCAAUCGUGCUCAUGGGUCGUAUUGGUCGUCGUAUCUUCUUCUUCUGGGGCUCAUCCAUCAUUGGAGGCCUCAUGCUGAUUAUUGGCAUUCUCGGGCUUGUCGCCAAAGGCAGUGGUGUUUACAUUGGAGUCGCAGCCAUCAUGAUCCUCGUCAACCUGACCUUCAAGGUCUCCCUUGGACCUACAACAUAUGUGAUCGUCGCCGAGACCUCCUCCAACCGUGUCCGCGCCCAGACAAUCGUCAUCGGACGGGCCAUGUACGUGGUUGGCCAGAUCGUUGUUCAGCAGCUCAACCCGCGCAUGCUCGGCUCCAGCAGUGACGCCUGGAACUGGGGCGCAAAGGCUGGAUGGUUUUGGUUUGGUCUCUGCUGCAUCUGGGCAGUCUGGAUCUUCUUCUUCCUGCCCGAGACCAAGAACCGAAGCUUUGCCGAUCUGGACUAUCUGUUUCAGAAGAAGACGCCGGCUCGCAAGUUCGCUACCGCUCCCAUCGAUUUGUUUGAACUGGUUCACGCCGACACGAGCCACAAGUUGGAGGAAAAUCAAGACGAUGCCCAACACGUGAAUGAGGUCCAGGACGAGAAGCGCUCAUAG